AUGCAUGCUAUUGUGCUUUACAAGCUCUUUACGAAGAUUGUUCUCACACAUACAUCAGUGACACUGAAUGAAGCUCAAUGUAGAACAAGCUGGAUUUCGCAAGGGAUUCAACUGCGUGAAUCACAUCCAAACGGUUUUGAGGAGUAUCGAGGUAUGUCAAAAGCAUCCCUACCUCUCGUCCUAACCUUCGUUGGUUAUGAGAAAGCGCUUGACAACGUCGAGACUUAUGCCAUACUGUCAGCUCAUUGA